AUGGCUUCUGACGGCCCCAUCCUGCCAGUCCAAGGCAAAAGAAACGUCCUCAUCACCAGUGCCCUGCCCUAUGUCAAUAACGUCCCUCAUCUUGGCAACGUCAUCGGCAGCGUUCUGUCCGCAGAUGUCUACUCGCGCUGGUGUAAGGCUCGUGGCUUUCAGACCCUUUUUGUCUGUGGCUCUGAUGAGUACGGUACCGCUACCGAGACCAAGGCCCUCGCUGAGGGCGUCAGCCCUGAGGAGCUCUGCAAGAAGUACCACGCAGUCCACAAGGGCAUUUACGACUGGUUUGACAUCAACUUUGAUAUCUUUGGCCGCACGCCCACCGAGCACCAGACCCGAAUUACUCAGGAGAUCUUCCGCAAACUCUGGGAGAAUGGCUUCAUCAUGGAGCGCGAGGAGGUCCAGCCCUUCUGCCCGCACCCGGACCACCAGUCUUUCCUAGCCGACAGGUUCAUCGAGGGAGAGUGCUCCAUCUGCCACAAGCCAGGCGCCCGAGGUGACCAGUGUGACGACUGCGGCAGGCUGAUGGACCCCUACCAGCCCGAGUCUGAGGCCGGAGCUACCGAUGGAGGUCUUUCCAAGGGCGUGGGCUGGCUCAUCAACCCCCACUGCAAGGUCGACAACACCGUCCCCGAGAGGAGAAAGACAAAGCACAUGUACCUGCGCCUGGACCUGCUGGAAGGGGAGCUCAAGAAAUGGUUCCACAAGGCCAGCAAGGAGGGUAUCUGGAGCGCCAACAGCAUCGAAAUCACAGACUCUUGGAUCAACAGGGGACUGAACCCCCGAGCCAUCACUCGCGAUUUGAGAUGGGGAACGCCCAUCAACAAGGACAUCACGGGCCUGGAUCAAGAUAUCUACGCCAGCAAGGUCUUUUAUGUUUGGUUCGACGCCUGCAUCGGCUACGUCUCCAUAACCGCAAAUUACACCGACGGCGAGAACCUGGAGGGAAAGCUGUGGGAGAAGUGGUGGAAGUCUGAUGACGUGGAACUGGUUCAGUUCAUGGGCAAGGACAAUGUUCAGUUUCACUCUGUCAUGUUCCCAAGUUCGCAGAUCGGCACCAGAGACACAUGGACCAAGGUACACAAGCUGUCCACGACGGAGUGGCUCCAGUACGAGGAUGUCAAGUUCAGCAAGUCCAAGGGCAUCGGCGUUUUCGGCAACAACGCCAAGGACACCGGUAUCAAGCCCGACAUCUGGAGAUACUAUUUGCUGUCGCGGCGCCCAGAGACGAGCGACAGCAAGUUCAGCUGGAAUGAGUUCGUCGACGGCAACAACAACGACCUUCUCAAGAACCUCGGUAACUUCAACCAGCGGGUGCAGAAGUUCUGCCAGGCCAAGUACGAGUCCACCGUUCCAGACUACACCAAGUACACCUCGGAGAGUCUUGACGCCUAUGUGAAGGAGGUCAAUGCCCUGCUCAAGGAGUUCAAUGACUACAUGGAGGGCACCAGGCUGCGCGACGGGCUGCGGAUCAUCCUCGCCAUCUCUGCGGUGGGCAACAAGCUCCUGCAGGACAACAAGCUCGACAACCGCCUGCUCACCGAAGAGCCCGACCGGUGCGCCGCCGUCAUCGGCUACGCCCUCAACCACCUUCACCUUCUCGCGUCCAUUGUGGCUCCUUACAUGCCCGCGACAAGCAGGGCCAUGUUCGAGCAGCUCGGCAUCGCGCCCCAGCCUACCAUCCCCGACGAGUGGGCCGCAGGCACGCUCAAGCCCGGCCACAAGCUCGGCACGCCAGAGCUGCUGUUCACGCAGAUCCCCGCCGCCAAGGUCGACGAGUGGCGCGAGGCAUAUGGUGGUGAGGAGGCGCGCAAGGAGAAGGAGGCUCUCGCCAAGGCAGCGGAGGAGAAGCGGCUCAAGAAGCUCAAGGAAAAGGAGAGAAAGAAGGCGAAGAAGGCGGCGGGGGCGGCGACGACGACGACGGCAACAACUGAGGCGGGCGCGGAGCAGGUCACAGAGGCGAUUGCAAAGGCUGAUGUUCACACGUCUUGAAGUCGACAAAUAUAGAUUUUAGAGUCUAAAAAGAAAGAGACGCUGUCCCCUUUGCGUAUUCC